AUGCCAAGCAGUCCUUGCCAUGCGAGUGAUGAACGCUUGAAAAAGGGCUAUAAGAAAAAUCGCCCUAGUCAGGGCGAAUCACAACGCCUUCAGAUCCUCCAGUAUAAUGCUGGAGGAAUGUCACAGGACAAAAAGAUCCCAGUACAGAAAAUCCUACAAACCUAUGAUGUAGACAUUUUCGCAAUUAUGGAAGCAAACAUUUCGGAUGACAAACUGAAGUACUAUCAAUUCCCAGAUUACACCCUGUACCUUCUACCCAAAUACCGGCAAGUUGCAAGUGGAAUUCUAACUGGAGUAAAAGAAGGCCUCACCUCACACUACGAUCUAAUCAAGAGUAUGGGCUCGACACAAGACAUAUGUGAAAUAAUCAGAUUAAAUGUUUGGAAAUGUCAAAACCACUUCAAGAUAUAUGCAGUCUAUAAUCCACCCCAGAAUUGUCCCAACUUUGGCUUUCUGAACAUCUCACACAAAACUGUAGUAUAA